AUGGCACAACGUCUCGUCUCCUCAUGGCAAGUGCGCGCCGAGGCCGGUGAGCCCUUUGCCGUGAUUCGCGUCCGCGACCUGCAAGGAACGAUCCAAGCCGGCACCGAUGCUUGGGGCCGCAAGAACAAGACGCAGCCCGUCCUCAUCUCAGCCGAGCUUUCGAUGGCGCGCCCGUUCGACGCUGCGUCCUCGACAGAUCGCGUCACCGACGACACGGUGCACUACGGCCUGCUCGCCAAGGCCAUCCUCUCCAGUCUGGAUGGCAUCAACAACAAGAAGAAGUCCCAGUCUACCUCUCACAUCGGUCUCAUGGAAGCCGUGGACCAGAUCUGGGCCGAUGUGACCGGGUUUCACCCCUACGGCCAGCUGUUUGGCCAGGAAAGGGGAGCUGCUGGGUUCUUGAGAAACAGGAUCUCGACGGUCCGGUACAUGAGCCUGAUCGUCACGCUCCCCAAGGCAUCGCUUCUCGGGAGCGCCGUUAGUCUAUCGACGUCUGCCGUCUUCAGUUCGACGGGGGAACUUUCACCGAUCGUUGCGUGGAGUUCAUGUCUCCGCCUCCACGAGCUGCGCGUCCCGACUCUCAUCGGCGUCAACGACAAUGAGAGACUGGCGAAGCAGGUGGUCGUGGCGGACGUGGAGAUUGAAAAAUUCGGACACGGCGAUGACGUCUACAUCGACAUCGAGUCUAUUGUGGUUAAGACUCUAGGAAAUUCUGCCUUUGAGACCCUGGAAGCUCUCGGCCCCGCCAUCACGAGCGGCAUCAGGCGGGACAUCGGGGACGUCGCAGUCGAUGCCGCGGGGUCCUCAGACUGGGUGAUCAAGGUCGCCAUGGAGAAGCCGACGGCCAUCACGAUGGCUGCGGCGUCGCGAGUAGAGUACAGGGAGGUCCCUCGCGACAUCCCGCAGUGA